AUGCGGAUUAUCAGUCCGCCGCUUGUCUUUCUGUUCACGCUUAUCUCGUUUUUCGCGCCUGGGUCCUUCUCUAUUGAAAAUUUUCGUCAAGCGUUUCCUAUUAUAGAACCAGCUCCUGGCCACACAAAACUUCGCCUUUCCAGAGAAGGCUUGGAGGCAAUCGAGAAAAUCACCACCCCUAUAGCAGCUGUUGCUGUUAUUGGUCCAUAUCGUUCUGGAAAAUCAUUUCUUCUUAAUCAGCUUUUGUCACUGUCAUGUUAUGAAGGGUUUGGUGUUGGGCACUUGCGCGAUACUAAGACUAAAGGAAUAUGGGUGUGGGGAACUCCAAUCGAAUUGGACAUUGAUGGUGUUAAAACUUCAGUUUUUUAUCUCGAUACAGAAGGAUUUGAAAGUGUUGGGAAGUCAAAUGUAUAUGAUGACCGCAUUUUUGCCCUGGCAACUGUGAUGAGCUCUGUGCUUAUAUAUAAUCUGCCUGAGACGAUACGCGAAGCAGAUAUAUCUCGAUUAUCAUUCGCAGUGGAGCUUGCUGAAGAAUUCUAUGGAAGGUUCGUAGGGCAAGAUGUGGCUUUUGAACCCGCAAAGUUAUUAUGGCUAAUUCAGCGUGAUUUUCUACAAGGAAAGUCGGUGCAAGAAAUGGUUGAUGAGUCUCUCAGACGAGUCCCUAAUGCCAAUGUGAAUUGUUAUUAUGCUAUUCUAAAACUUGCAUCUUGUGAUUUUGAUCAUUGCUUUCAGGUUAAUCAGAUUCGGGAAUCUUUGGCUAUAAUGGGGGACAAUAGCACUGCCUUUAGCUUACCUCAGCCCCAUCUUCAACGCACGAAGCUGUGUGACAUGAAUGACACUGAACUCGAUCCUUUAUACGUUAAGAGGAGAGAUCAGUUAAAAGCAGUUGUUUCAUCUAUCAUCCGACCUAAAAUUGUUCAGGGUAAAUCUCUCAACGGCAAGGAAUUUGUAUCUUUUUUGGAGCAGAUUUUGGAGGCCUUAAACAAAGGGGAGAUUCCAUCUACAGGUUCCCUUGUUGAGGUCUUCAAUAAGGGCAUUCUUGACCGUUGUCUGAAACUGUAUAGUGACCAUAUGGGUAAAUUGGGUUUGCCGAUAUCCGAGAAUACUCUACAGCAAGCACAUGAAGGUUCUAAAGAAGCUGCCAUGUCAGCUUUUGACGAGCAACAUUUUGGCCGUCACCAUGCAAAGCUAUCAGCUGAAAAGUUAGUUGAAGAAAUCGAAACGGUAUACAAGAACUUUGUUCUGGCUAAUGAGUACCAAUCUUCAAAGCUUUGUGAGGGUCUUUUUACUAGCUGUGAGGAGAAAAUGGAUCAACUCCAAGUCCUCAGACUUCCUUCUAUGGCCAAAUUCAAUGCCGGAUUCCUUCAGUGCAACCAGAGUUUUGAAAAACAAUGCGUUGGACCCUCCAAAAGUAAUUACGAGAUGCGGAUGAUGAAGAUGUUGGGGAGAUCAAAAUCUCUGUUCAUAAAAGAGUACAAUCACAGGCUAUUCAAUUGGUUGGUGGGCUUCUCUCUUGUGAUGGUAGUGAUGGGCCGGUUUAUUUUAAAGUUCUUUCUAGUCGAGAUUGGAGCUUGGAUACUAUUUAUAUUCUUGGAGACGUAUACACGAAUGUUUUGGUCUUCCGAAUCUCUUUAUUACAACCCCGUGUGGCAUGCUAUUGUCGGGACUUGGGAAGCCGUGGUGUACAGCCCCGUUCUUGAUUUGGACAGAUGGGCUAUCCCUCUUGGUGUAGUAGCCGGGAUUUUAGUGCUCUACUGGCGGUGUUAUGGGCGGAGAAAACGUGGGUCCCGCUGGAUUUUACCACUCUACAGCAGCAAUCAGAAAGACGAAAGAAGAUCUGAUUGA